CCAUCAACAUGGGCGAAGUCAACAUCGCAGAGGGCGGUUCAAAGGACGCAGUGGCAGAAGGAAGUCAAGGUCUAAAAGACGCAGCUACACCGGAAGCAGCACAAGCUGAUAAAGAAGCCAGAGGAGAUUUGAAAGAAUCGAAAGAUUUCGCACGUCAAGUUUCGAGAGAGACGACCACAACAGAGGCAAAACAGGAAGAAAGCAUGAUGGAAAAACUUCGACAUCGUUUUGGCAUAGAAAACCAACUUUUCAAAGAGAUUCUAGCAGAAUUCUUCUGCACAGGGCUUCUAUUGUUCUGGGGCGAUAGUUCAGUUGCACAAUUGGUAGUUUCAAAUCGGAUGACGAACGAAUGGGUGGCUUUGACAAUAUCCUGGGGUGUCGCUCUAUGGAUGUCUGUACAAAUGAGUAUCCGAAUCUCAGGUGCCCACCUCAAUCCAGCCGUGUCAUUUUUCCUUUUUACUCAGAAGAAAAUCACUUUUCGAAAAUUUGUAAUCUUUUCUAUUGCGCAAACUGCCGGUGCAUUCUGUGGAGCCCUAGGCGUUUUCGUUCUCUGGUACGAUGGUAUCAAUCACUUCGACGGUGGAAAACGGCAAGUAAAGGGAAUGUUCGCCACUGCUGGAAUUUUCGCUACUUACCCAAAACCUUACCUAACCAUAGCUGGAGGAAUCGUCGAUCAGAUUUUUGGCACGGCCAUACUUUGCCUGGGUGUAGCCACAAUUACUGACAAGCGCAAUGGGAUUCCACCAUUUCUCCAGCCAGCUUGCAUAGGUUUUUUACUCGUUGGCAUUGGCACAGCAUUUGCUCACAACUGCGGCUAUGCUAUCAAUCCCGCUCGUGACCUUGGUCCACGACUGCUCACAUUGUGUGUAGGAUAUGGGUGGGAAACUUUCAGUUAUAAUGAAUACGGCUAUUUUUGGAUUCCGAUUAUAUGCCCUAUGAUUGGAGCAGCACUUGGUGCUUGGUUAUAUGAAUUUGUUAUAGGGUUUCAUUUACCUGAAGCGCAGACUUACCAGGUGUGCAAGGUUGAGGAACGCGAAUCUGGAGGAGCAGAUAGGACUUUCAAAAAAGCAGAUCAAUCACCAUCGCACACCUCCAAUUCGGAUAUAAGACAAGACUCUAAAGAAACAGAUAAAUUGAUAAGAAAGUUGUAA